CUCACCGCAUUUAUCGCUUCAAGUUAAAGAAUGUGGUGAGGGCUGCUCUGCACUUUAUGUUGCAGGGCCAGGCCAGGCUGUUUACAAAACCUUGAACUGUCUAGACAAUACCAUAAAACCCAAAGUUCUAAACAGCUUAAUUAGGUUAUAUUAUACACCUUCUGGUGGGCCCAAAAGAGAUUUCCGCAAUGUGCAAUAAACUGGAAGAGUGAGAAAAGCUUUUCUUUCUCUGAAAAGAGUAAAGUGAGUCUUAUGACUCUUAACCUCUCAUAAGCCCAAAGUAAAAAAUAAAUAAAUAAAUAAAUCCAUAAGAUGUGCAGCACCCCAGGCAUCUUCCAAGGAGGCAUGCAUUUCCAAAUGCAAAAUUUUUUUAAUUACCAAAGCUUUUGGAGGGAAGGAAAAACAUAAGUGCAUAAGUGUAUGCCUUUGAACUUCCAAAAUGUCAAGGUCAUCACCUUUAACCUUUCUGAAUAAUUAGGCGCCUAAAGGUUCUUCUGUGAUAUUCAACUGCCACCCAUUCACACACACAUGCUCACACAUAUCCAGACCCCCACACACGUUUAUGACCACACAGAAUCAUAUCGUGGCUCACCAUAAAUCUAAGCAAAUUUCUAAUUUCAGGAUCAAUAACCUUAAUUUCACUUCAAACAUUUGUGUAAUUCAACAGCAAUUGACUUCUUUAUAUUUAAAAAAAACUAGUUAGAUUAAAAUGUCUACCAGCAUAUUUUUAAUACGGCUAGUAAAUGAUGGGGUUUUUUUUUGGGGGGGGUGAGGUCAUAGAUAAGCAGUCCUUUAGCACUAGUGAAGAACCAUGGUUUUAAAAGCUGGCAUUUGAAAAAGGAAGUUCUGUUACAGACUUACUUGGAUAUAUUUGUCAUUUUUUUCAACCUGUCAAAUAAAUUAUUGUACUUUCUAUGAUUUGGAACAAAAGAAAACACAUUUAUAUUGUUUCCAAAGGCAUCUCUCAACCUUUAGUGAAAGAUGCAAUAGAAACAAAGCCUACAAUUGAAUAAUUUCGUUCAGAAGGGGAUUCCUUUGUUUGAAAUUCUGAACAUCCGUUACAAUGUCAGUGCCCUAGUAGUAUGAUCGUUCCAGGAGCUUAAAACUGGUUUACUUCUCUCUCCAUCUAUCUCUCGCUUGCUCUCUGUUGCUCUCUCUCUCUCUCUCUCGUUUUUUAACUGCGUGUAAAUGUAGCAAGCUUGUAUGUCCACCACCUUAGGCAAGCCGAACCUUGGGAUAUCAUUUCGCGUUUGCAUGGCCUUGGAGAGCCACACGGGGGCGUGCUCACGUUCCAGAAGCCGUAUUUGUCGGAGAGGCCGUGGUACCCUAUCUUUCCAGUACUGGAUUCUAAUAUGCAAUCUUAGCCCGUUAGAAACCACUAAGGUGUUUGUUUGUCGUUUGUUUGUUCUAAGCAGCCGUGAGGUUGGGAAGUUGUAUAAAGACAGAGGAAAGGGAGCAGAUUCCUGAAAUAAGAGAUCACCUAAUCAUUGCCUUCUUAUAGAUAAAACUGUUAUCUAUAAUACCUUAGUAUAACCUGGUGGUGUUGAGCAGAGGUUUUUGGAGACAAAUACGUGCAUUUCGAAAUAGGUCAUGCCACUGAGAGCUAAUUAAAUUAUGGAAAUCAAUUUUCUUGUUGGUUUGAGUGUGGAGAGCUGUAGGAAGGUAGGACCACCCCUGCCCAAAACCGCGGUCCGCGGUGCGUGCUCUCUGACCGCCCGGGGUGAUUAAAAGGCUUUUGUUUAAGACAGAUCGGGGCGCCGGCAACUUAGCAGAGUGUGGUCUCAGAAAAAGAGACGCGUCGGGACUGAGUGGGUCGUUCUGAGCGACGGACGCCCCCUCCCCCGUCGUGCCUGGCGUCUGGGGCUACCCGGAGCGACCGAGAGGCUCGGGCGGGACUGAGUUGGGGCGCCUGGGGUGGAUUAGGCUAAUGUGGCUGCGAGAGGCGGCAGGAAGUCCUGGGAAACAUUUGUGUUUCAAGGCGUCGUGGAGCGGGGAGUGCAUUUGAAGCAAGCGGGCUUUGCAUUUGACAGAACCCUGGCUAUCUUUCCAAGCCGUCUGCUGGCCUUGAGUGCGGUGUUUGAUUUUGGCACCAGCUCUUGGAAGCAGUUUUCUCCCCGCGUGCCCGCCUCAACCUACUCUCACCCCAAAACGCCCCUGACCCUGCCGGAGGGUCACCAUCCGCAGUCCAAAAAAGGGAAGUUCCAAAAUGAAGGAUAUCAAUCCCUUCUUUCCCGAAGAUCAUUGUGAAGCACAUGCAACCCCUGGAAUUAGUAAAGACCUCCUUGGCUCCGCCGUCUCUGCCCCCUUCCCUCCAGCCCUGGACCAAAGUCUCUGUUUGGGUCCACCACUGGGAGCUGGCAUCUGUGGAGGCUGGGGGCCAUGAGUCUUCCCACCCCACUAGAGGCGCCAGCCAGAGGCAUUGAUGUUCCUGUUCCCCGUGGGCACCCUGGCUCCUGCCUGUCUGACCAUGGGUCCAGCUUAACUAUUGUGAAGCUACAUUUCCUGGGGCCUAAACUGGGCCCUAAUCCAAGUGGGGUGAGAAUGCCUCUCCCCAAAUGUCGUUGCAUUCCUCUUUAGGCAGUUCCAGCUCGGAGGCUCUUGUGGCCUUGCAGGGCCCCUUGGCCUUGGCUGACAGCCUCCCCCAGACCGCGGGUGCUCAACACUCUGCAAUUCCUUUCCCCUCGGCAGAGCCCAAGUUGAGCCUGAAAAAGUCCAGGGAAUUGGAUCAGGACUUCUGGGGGCUGCAGGUCUGAGAUCUCUUGAUUGUUCAGGGCAUGUGGGGCUCAUAGAGCAUGGCUGAGUAUCUUGAGUAUCUGAGGUCUCAGAUCCUGAAGUGGAGGGGUAAGAGUCUUUUGUGUCUGCAAAGGAAAGAGGCUCCCAGGCCACUGGCCCUUUUGCAUGUCUCCCUAGACCCCUUUCCAAGUUGGUGGUGGCUUCCCUACCCUCCCCAAUGGCCCUCUUGAUUUCUUUUCACUUCGGCUGGGUGGUGCAUGGUGCAACUGAAAGGGCACCCAGGGGGAGCAGCUUUUAAAAUUUGUGCCCAUCCACUCUGUCCCCCAAGGGUUGCACAACCCUAAGAGGCCACUCAGGCCCCCCAAUUCAGGGUGAACCUAGGAGCUCCCAGGUCCACUCAGGCCCAGAGCUGCUGCCCUUCUUCCCAGUGACAGGAGAGCACAGAUGCAAGUCACUUCUUGAUUACAAAUGCUAAUUCCUUGCUAAAGCAACCCUUUUAAUUUUUCUCUGGAAAGAACUGCACCAGGGAGAAGGGUGUCUUGGUACAAAUGUGGAUAUUCAUCUCCUUUAUGGUGCAAUAUUGAUUUAUUAUUAAUGGUAACUGCUCCAACUGAUCUAAAGAUGAUCGAAAACAGCGGCUAUGCAGCUACAUUAAAUACUUGUAAGAAUAAUAAAGCCUAACCUUGAAAGCCACUGCCUUUUUAUUCCAUUUUCUUUAUCUUAGCCUUAGGGUCUUAGGUAAACUUUCUGUCCUCCCAGGCACAGAUCAUUUUCUUAUAUCUUUCUAUCUUGCUUAAUUUUUAUAAUAAAAUCUCUUUGAAAUAUUGGCAGUCUCUGGCCUCAAGGAGCUGGUGUGAAGACAAAUUUGAAAAAGAAUAAAAGAGAAUUUUGUGAUAAUAGAUUCAAAAUUAUAUCUGAAACACAUCCCCCCCCAACUGAAGACAACCUAUUUAAAACCAAAUCCAAUGUGGGAGUGACUUUGAGCUUGAAGGCACCAGGAGCUGAAACAGAAAGGCCCCCCAAAUUCAGAAGGCAGAUUCCCUGGCUCACGGCAGAAUCUGCCCGCUCGGUGAGGAAUUGCUGGGUUUUAGCCUGGAUGUUUUCUUCAUGUAUAAAUAAAGAUUAUGAAAGGGCAUUUGAUGGGCAUAAAAUUCACGAUUAGAUUUAACCCUCUCGCCUCUCUUGUGGGAUAGGGAGAACUGGACAACGGGGUUCUGGGCAGCUCCGUUGGCCAACAUGCAAAGGGACGACAGUGCUGGAGCGCCAGGCUGGCGUCAGGGCGCCUGCCGCGAGCGCAUGCAGCGGGCACUUUGUCCAGCCGUGGGCAUGCUUAGCUGUGGCUGGGAUCAUGAGCUCUGCCUUGAGAGAAAGUAAUUUUCGUGCUAGUCAGUGGCUGUUAGCUGUGAACAGGUCCUUAGCAGACUAGAGUCAAAAGUUGGUUUUUUCCCCCCCUGUCGUCCUCACUCCCCCACCCCCAAGCUUAAAAACAGCCACCCCUGCCGAAGGUAAUGUUUAAACCUCUGCUUCGUCGGCCGGCGUCCUGCAACCAGAGCAGUUAGAGGCGCCAGGCUUUUAACCUGACAAUGAUGUUGUAUUUGAACAGCUGCGUAAAGGUUUAAAAGGUCUGUCUCAUUGCCACCGCGGAGGGUUUUUUUUUUUUAAAGGGUUUAUUGUUUGGGCGAGGGCACUGCGAGGGGACAGGCGAAAUGGUCCCAAGGCGGAAAAGAAUGUCCAGUGCCUGUUUCUACCAGGCCAGGGGAGAUUCCUUUUGGGGAGGGGGGACAAAGGUUUUGUUGGAAAAGGUUUUUGUGAAGGAGCGAGCGGGCUACGACGUCCCCCAGUAGGCUGAGGCACUUCACUUAGCGACAGGCUCCAAAACAAUGUUCUGCAGAGGCAGAAACCCCAUUUGCCCACAAGUUCAGUCUCUGGGCCUGAAAUCCAAGGCCAGCCCGUGACAGGACGAGUGUGGGGAGAAGAAAAUACGGACGCCUUCCCGGACAGAGAACUGGUUUACGAGCAGAGUUUCUGGGGCCCUUUUCCUCUCUUGGAUGCAGGAAAGGGGAUAUGGGAAGCCGGCGGACGACUCCUGCGCCCUGGCCGGGGCCCCUCGCUCAGGGCAAGCCUUUGGAAAUCAAGGUUAAAGCUCCCCGCUGCUGCCCCGAGGCUGUGGCUUCCGAAGGACUGCUCACCCGCCUACAGCCAGAGAACGAGGGAGGAAGUUGUUGAAGAAGUUUCUCAUAAAACUGAGUUUCCAUGGUGGUGGUGAUGGUGGUUGUUUUUUUAAUGAGCUCGACCACAACCCCAAAGACCAAAUCCUCUUUAUAGAACUUUCCCUCACCAAAGGAAACAGAGGAGUAUGGUUCCCCCACCUCCUUUUUCCCUCCUUUCCCUUACCCAAGCAGAAUCGUGUCAAAUAAUUUUAGGGAUUGCUCACAACUAUAAAACUCAACUUCUGACAAAAGUAUAGCUUUUAAUAUUUGACAAUUUGUGUUAAAACAAAAAUUGACCUUCUUGGUUAGUAGCGAAGGGGAAAAAUCAAUAGUAUAAUUUUCAAUAAUUCAUAAAGCGAACGCCAUUAUGCUAAAUCUUAACUAUUAAUCUUAUCCUUUACAAAGUCUCGAUUGAUUUGUUAAUAAAAUAUCUUCCCGUGUGUGGCAACAGCGGGUAUAACUCUUUAAAAACCUUCAGAAGCAAGAAAAUUACCAAGUAGCCCAAGAAUGUAGAUGAGAAUUUUAUUGAUCGCCCUGAUUCUUCUUAAUAUGUAUUAAUAAAUUCCACAACCUUUUGUACCUUGCACUUGUCAGAAACCAAUGCUUUUACAAAAUCCAUAAAAGGAAAACAUAUUUUUCUUUGCAGAAGAACCAAAUGACACCUUUGCCUCUCACUCUCUCCUGCUUGGCCCAGUUUUCUAAAACUUCUGGAGUAUGAAAGCGAGAGUUCCUUCCUUUCCUUGAAAACGUUUUCUUUCUCUCUCCCUUCCUUCCUCUUUGCCCUCUAUUAUCAGGGCGCGUGGGGAGGAAACCUCGGUUUCGUUCUUCCGCUGGGAACCCGAGGGACGCUUUCGCGGAUUGUGAACUGCUGGAAAGGGAUUGUCUCCGGACUGAAAGCUCCCAGCGGCCCGACCCGCAGAGGUCGGGGUGUGGUUCCUCCGAGAGUCAAAGGCUCGGGUAGCCCACCGGGGCGCAGGCGCCCGGAGCUAGGGUGGCCGGGCGGAGGCAGAGGACAGCGCCGGGGCCGGGCGGGUCCUGGGGCUCCGCGGGGCCGGCCAACUGCGUAGCCUCUCGGCCCUCGCGGUCCUUCUCGCCUCCGCUCCCCAGGAUACCUUGGCCGCGUCUUAGGCGCCAGAGCUCUUUCCUGUGGACCCCUGGGGUGGGAUGUCUCAGAGCCUGGGGAAUCCGACUCACCUUCCCAGGCUGCCCGAGACAAAAUGAACUAGGCUGGGCCCCCCACCAUCCCCCCCGCCCGGGCCCGGGCCGUCUCGGGCGCCUGCCUGGGUGUGUGCGGGGCAUGCUUCUGUGUGCUGGCGCCACGGCGCUCCGACUUCCCUCCCUGCGUGUGUCCGCCUGGAGACCCCCUCGGGGCCGAGUGUUUCCUUCCGCCUGCGGGGCCCAGAGGCCGGAGUGGGGGACGCGAGUGGGGCGGGAGGGCCGAGCGAGCCCCGGGAGGCUGGCGGGCGGCGAAGAGUGCUGGGCCGGCAGUCUCCAGCGCGCACUAUCGCAGGCGCGUAGUAGAUGUCGCUGUUGUCCGUGCUUACGCGGCUGGCCGGCCGGGCUCUGGAGCACGUGACCUGCGAGGAGGCUGCGGCUCAAGGCCAUUUUCAAAUCUCAUUGGCUUGGUUGUCAUGUGGUCGGCAGAGGCAUCCACAAUUACACGGGGAAUGUUUUCCUAGAGAUGUCAGCCUACAAAGGACACAAUCUCUCUUCUUCAAAUUCCUCCCCAAAAUGUCCUUUCCCAACAGCUCUCCUGCUGCUAAUACUUUUUUAGUAGAUUCCUUGAUCAGUGCCUGCAGGAGUGACAGUUUUUAUUCGAGCAGCGCCAGCAUGUACAUGCCACCACCUAGCGCAGACAUGGGGACCUAUGGAAUGCAAACCUGUGGACUGCUCCCGUCUCUGGCCAAAAGAGAAGUGAACCACCAAAAUAUGGGUAUGAAUGUGCAUCCUUAUAUACCUCAAGUAGACAGUUGGACAGACCCGAACAGAUCUUGUCGAAUAGAGCAACCUGUUACACAGCAAGUCCCCACUUGCUCCUUCACCACCAACAUUAAGGAAGAAUCCAAUUGCUGCAUGUAUUCUGAUAAGCGCAACAAACUCAUUUCUGCUGAGGUCCCUUCGUACCAGAGGCUGGUCCCUGAGUCCUGUCCCGUUGAGAACCCUGAGGUUCCUGUCCCUGGAUAUUUUAGACUGAGUCAGACCUACGCCACCGGGAAAACCCAAGAGUACAAUAACAGCCCCGAAGGCAGCUCCACAGUCAUGCUCCAGCUCAACCCUCGCGGCGCGGCCAAGCCGCAGCUCUCGGCCGCCCAGCUGCAGAUGGAAAAGAAGAUGAACGAGCCCGCGAGUGGCCCGGAGCCCAACAAAGUCUCCCAGGUGGAGAGCCCCGAGGCCAAGGGUGGCCUUCCGGAAGAGAGGAGCUGCCUGGCUGAGGUCUCCGUGUCCAGUCCUGAAGUACAGGAGAAGGAAAGCAAAGAGGAAAUCAAGUCUGAUACUCCAACCAGCAAUUGGCUCACUGCAAAGAGUGGCAGAAAGAAGAGGUGCCCUUACACUAAGCACCAAACGCUGGAAUUAGAAAAAGAAUUCUUGUUCAAUAUGUACCUCACCCGCGAGCGCCGCCUAGAGAUCAGUAAGAGCGUUAACCUCACCGACAGGCAGGUCAAGAUUUGGUUUCAAAACCGCCGAAUGAAACUCAAGAAGAUGAGCCGAGAGAACCGGAUCCGAGAACUGACCGCCAACCUCACCUUCUCUUAGGUCCAAGGCCCAUUAGAGGCCAGGAUCAGAGAGGGGGCACCGCAUUCCAGGGCCGAGUGCUGGAGGACUGGGAAGGCGGAAACAAAACCUUCAUUGCUCUUUGUUUUUUUUUAUUUGUUUUGUUUUUGUUUUUGUUUUCCUGCUAGAAUGUGACUUUGGGGUCAUACUGUUCGUGCUGCAAGUGAUCUGUAAUCCCUAUGAGUAUAUAUAUAUAUAUUAAAAAAACUAGCACGUGUAAUUUAUUAUUUUUCUCAUCGUAAUGCAGGGUAACUAUUACUGCGCAUUUUCAUUUGGAUCUUAACUUAUUGGAACUGUAGAGCAUCCAUCAAUCCAUUCAUCCAUCCAGAAAUGUGACUUUUUCAUGUUUUUCCUAACACAAAAGAUCUGUGUGUGUGGUUAGUCCAUGAGCUCAUGGCAUUUUGAGUACAUCCAGUACUUAAAAGUACUUAAAUUACAUAUAUAUUUAAAAAAGAUUAAGAAAACCCACAAGCUUUGGGGGGGAGGGGGACUAAAAAAGCACAUUACAAUGUAUCUUUUUGCAAUUGAAUUUAGCAAUUGUCCUUGGUGAGAUGGAAUAUUGACGAUUUAUGCCUUGUAGCCUUUCCCUUGUGGUGCAUCUGUGGUUUGGUAGAAGUACAACAGCAACCUGUCCUUUCUGUGCAUGUUCUGGUCGCAUGUAUAAUGCAAUAAACUCUGGAAACGAG